AUGCGGCACUUGCUUUCCCGAAGCGAUGAGCCAAUACAAAUCACGGAUAUCGUAAGGAUCAUACUUCAAGAGUCUGAGGAUGGAUUGAGGGAUGCCCUCAACUCGGGAAAAGCUUCCCCAAACGACAUGAUUGACGACACUUCCUCAAUGGUUGAUUAUGCAUUCGGAUGGCCAAAAGGGAUUCAAAUCUUACUUGAAGCAGGCGCAACACCAAGUGCCGACAAUGGGAGACUUCCUUAUGUUAUAGAUAACGCCAACGAGGAUACCUAUCAUUCAGUUAAGCUUCUUCUUGAGGCUGGAUGGUUGUUCAGCUGGGCUGAUAUCUAUGUCUCCCAAACGACCAAAGGCAGCAGGAAAAUAAAAUCACUUCUCAUCAAUGAACUGGUCGCACGACGCAAAACACUUUGGAAUUUGGCCCAAUCUUGCUUACCUUCUGGUCAACUUCCGAAAUUGAUCUCAGACGACGAGAAGACAGGCACAACUACGAUAUUCGAUAUCCACACCGCAGGGAUACAUGAUUGUCUAGUAAAGCAAGGGAUAUCCAUUAAUCCAAUCUUGUCGCGUAAUUGUUCCAAGCAUGUGCAUUGCGUAUCUGUUUAUCAUUACCCAUUUUUCACUGUCGAGACGUUGGAUGAACUCUACCAAGUCGGCUUCAGGGGUGUUACCCAGCUAGACUGGGAAGGCUUUAUGCCUCUUAUGAUCGCAAUGCAUAAUGAUUUCUGGUCGAGCCGAACCGAUAGCAGAAGGCGCAGAAAGGGCAUGGAGCGAAUAUCUUGGCUGAUUUCAAAAGGUGCAGAUCCAUAUCAAAAAGUACCCGGAACUAGUGCAACUGCAGCGCAUCAUCUUGGGUUGGAGAUCGUCGACCAUUUCUUGGACAAUUUCCACCGGUUUAUUGUAAUCGGAUUAGACAAACGGAAGCAAUAUGAAGUCUGGAAACAGAUGGUCUCAGAUCUUGCAAAGGACGUUUUUCUCCUUCCUUCGAUUUGGGAUGGAUGUGGUUGCGCCUGCUCUCCCAGCGGGUGUACUACGAUGUCGGUAUUGCUACGACAUAUCGUUCGUUCCUUUUCCAUCCAUGAAUUCGAAGAGCCCAGUUUUUGGUUCCGAGAGUUGAUACAAUUCCUUCUUUGGUGGACUAAGGGAGACACAGAAACUGGCUGGGGGGUCAUCAGAUUUUUGACCUUUGAUGCAUUGGGUCUGAAACAUUCAUGUUGUAUCAAAAACCACACAAACUAUGAAUAUCCUCAUUUCAAACUUGAGAGCAGAGAAGAAGAAGAGGUUGCAGAGAUUCUCGACGAACAGAAGCCAAGACUAAUGGAACUCGAAAAACUUCUCGAUGAACUCAAAAUCAAGUUUGACGAGCUUGGCCACCCCGUGAUGGAAUUUUUGGAAGGAUACUGGCACACUCGCAUGAUCGAGGUUCUCUCCCAACGCGAUCCCUACGACCAGGAACAUAUCAUUGAAUCAAGACGAAUUGGUGUCACGCUAGAACCGGAUGAAUGUGUUGUCCCUGACAGGGUAUCUCUGCUUAUUGGCUCAAAGAUCAUGUAUGAAAUUAGUACAUAG